ACACUAUCAGCUGUCGAAUCUCGAAAAACGAUACCCGAUAUCAGAAAUCGAUGACAGUCUUGUUUUUGUGCUGGAAUUAAGGCGAUAUAAGACAAUUCCUUGGGUAUUGCCAACAAUUUAAGUGAACAGUGGUGGAUCCAAAUUGAACUGAAUUUGUGUGUACUUCGAUCCACAGACAAAAUGUCGCUUACUCCCUUUCUACGCCUGCCCUUAACCGAUCUGACCGGGUGUCUAAUUAACCACCAGACCUACGACAAGUGCGGAAAAUUCGAGAUGAAAAUGAUGGAGUGCUUCGAGGCGUAUGGCCUGGAGCGUGGAAAACGGGAGUGCGCCGACCUGAUCUCCGACUUUCAGGAGUGCGUCGGCAUGCAGAAGCAACUGAUGCGCUUCCAUGCCAUGCGAAACGAACGCUACAAGCAGUGGCUCAAGGGGGAGCGUAAGGGACAGGAAUUCUUUGCGGAUCCGCCACGCGUUGAUGCCUACUAGACGUAGACCCUUUUUCUUGGUUAGUUCCACAUUGUAAAACCGCAAAUUGUGUAAAAAUAAAAAGAGUAUCAAUUCUGGUAAUAUAUGUUCCAGUAUUUUUGCCAGAGUUGCCAACUUUCA